AUGGCUGUUUCCAACAGCCACCCCAGCACACAACCCCCCGAUGACCCUUCACAUCCCGCUCCCCUGGAGUCCGACCCCUUCCACGACGACGGCAGCGCCAGUGAGGCCAGCUACACCAGCGAGAACAGCGACAUCGAGCUCCAACACCAAUCCGGAUCCAACAACGUGGCCCCCCUCUUCGGUCGCCGUGGGCGCAUUGCCCCCGGCAGUCAAGUAGGCCUGGAUGCUGCCGAGCUCAUCUACCUGGCCGGUGACGCCUCUCAAGUGUUGCCGGUCUAUGUCACCAUCCAUCGGAUCCGACGCUUGGUGAUUGCCGCCAUCGACGACCCCUAUACACUCGACCAACUGCAGACGCCUCGCAUGGACAAUAUGAUGGUUCGGCCCCUGGUUGAGAAGCUGUAUAGUCCCGACAACCUCUCAGUCGUCUACUGCCUUCUCGCCAACCGCGUCCAGUUUCAACGUUCCGCAACAGACGAGUCCCUCUAUGUGGCUGUCAAUAACUCUCGAGCCGCUCUCUGCGAACUGCUGGCUACCCGUGUACUUCGACGCUUCCACCAAGACCACCCAGAUCGUCCAGGACUCCUGCUUCUUGCCAAUAUUCUGGUGUCAGGGUUCGAUCCGUUUGAUGCCGCACCCGAUCCGCUUCGCCGAUACCGACGCUCUUUACAAUGGCCGUAUCAAGACCGUGGCGGUCACGAGCGGAAACUUACGGCACUCGAGUUGGCCAUUUUGUCAGAGAGCAAGUUUCUGAUCGGGUCAGUCGCAUGUCAGCGCAUCGUCAACGCUGUCUACCGCGGCCAAGUUGUGUACACUCCGCUCUCGUUUGUCGAUAUCCUCCCGGAUCAUUACAAGUACCACCCUGUAUCGCUUUACGAACCACGGCGAGCUUCCAUACUCAACCAUCGCCGACUGAUCGUUCCUCGACUACGAAAUCUUCUCGAACUCGCCCACUUCACCAUCCUUCUAGGCCUGUAUGUGUUGACCAUGACACAUCGAAACGACUUUUAUGACGGAGGUGGAAGUCCAUUUGGGGGUUUCGAGGCUGCCUUUGUGAUAUAUUCAACCGGCUGGGUUCUAGAACAGUUUGCCGCUCUGGUCGAACACGGCUGGGAGGUACACGCUCAAAACCUUUGGAGCUUCCUCGACCUUACUUUUACCUUCAUCUUUGGAGUAUAUGGCGUUGUACGGUUUGCGGAAUUGUGGUUUUACCCCGAGGCCGACUACGCUAUACCUAUCCUCUGCGUCGCCGCCCCGGUUCUACUUACCCGCAUAGCCUUCACUCUCAUGCCAGACAACAUUGUCUUCAUCGCCCUACACGCAAUGAUGCGUGAUUUCACCCGACUUACGUUUAUCGCCAUAUGGUGUUUUACCGGCUUCUUGCUAGGCCUUCUCUGGCUGAUGCGCACGGGCGCGCCCCCGGAUCCUGCCGAUGUCGCCGCAGGUUUAGUAACGGCCCAGUCCUCCAUCGAGGAUCGUCCAGGCUGGGCCACCAUUGGAAAAUGGCUUCUGUGGAUCUGGUUUGGACUCGAUGGCACCGGCAUCGAACGGACGGCCGACUUCCACACCAUCCUCGGCCCUGCCUUGGCCGUGACGUUUGCCUUCCUCGGCAACACCCUUUUCUUGACCAUCCUUGUGGCCAUGCUCACCAACACCUUCUCCAAGAUUAUCUCCAAUGCACAGGCGGAAAUCUACUUCCGCCGUGCUGUCCUAACAUUCCAGGGCGUCAAGAGCGACUCCAUUUUUGCUUAUCCGCCUCCGUUUAACCUACUCGCUUUGGCAGUUAUGCUCCCACUGAAGUUGGUAGUCGGUCCAGCCAUGUUCCACCACAUCAACGUUGCAGCCAUCAAAGUCAUCAACUUCCCAGUCCUCCUGAUGAUCGCACUUUACGAGCGUAGACGGGUGUGGGCCAAAUCCGCGACGCCCAGCGCAGGUGACGGAGAGGACAGUAAGUGGUUCUUUGGUCUGAACCCCUAUGCCGAUAUCCACGCGUUGUUCAGGACGGAGCCGCCGCAAGAGGUGCUCGACAUGCUGGAGAAGAUGGACGGGAUUGUGGAUGAAGAACUGGAAGAUAUGGAUAUCAUGGGUCUAAGGCGGGGCAGUAGAGGUAUGGGUGACGGCCUGGGGAGAGCAUCGACCGAACUGGAGCUCGGGAGGUCGAUGGAGUUUGACGUGACUGGCAGCAUCGAAGGGAUGCAUAGAAGGAGAAAGCACUCCGCUGGGAGCGCGGUUUAGCGGAGGCUAAAAUUUGAGAGGAAGUGGUUUGCACUAGUGGGAAUGAAUGUCGGGAAACAUGGAGGAUCCCUUGACGAUAUCCCCAUCCAAGCUCCCAAAUUUUGCGCAAAUUUUGAGUAGUUAAAGAUGAGCCGUGUGGGCUUGGAUACUGGCCGGGAAUAAAAAGAUACUUUUGCCAAGGGCCAUGAGAUAUUUGGGGCAC